AUGGCUCCUCUCAUUCGUGGAAAACCAAUGAAACUCUACAUUUCAGCAUCAGAGGAAACUAUUGGCAGUGUGUUGGCUCAAGAUGAUGAAGAUGGAAUCGAAAGGGCUAUAUAUUAUUUGAGCCGAAUCCUUAAUGAUGCCGAAACUAGAUAUAGUUUAGUAGAAAAAUUGUGUUUAUGUUUGUAUUUUUCAUGUACUAAACUUAAGUACUAUAUUAAACCUAUUGAUGUAACUGUUAUUUCCCAUUAUGAUAUAAUAAAGCAUAUGCUGUUCAAGCCCAUUCUUCAUAGUCGAAUUGGAAAGUGGGCGUUGGCCCUUACUGAGUUUUCUUUAAGUUAUCAACAUUUAAGGGCUAUGAAAGGCCAAGUAAUAGCUGAUUUUUUGGUUGAUCAUAGUGGGUCGAAAGAACAGGAGACGGUGGUGACGUUUAAACCUUGGGAAAUGUAUUUCGAUGGUUCGAGGCAUAAGAAGGGGACCGGGAUAGGUAUCUUGAUAAUUUCACCCCAAGGAAUCCCGACAAAAAUUAAGUUGGGCAUCGAAGGUGAGUGUUCGAAUAAUGAGGCGGAGUAUGAAGCUUUAUUGAUAGGGCUCGAAACGGCUCUAAACUUGGGGGCUAGAGAGCUCUUAAUUCGUGGAGAUUCAGAGUUGGUUAUUAAGCAACUAACUGGUGAAUACCAAUGCGUUAGUGAGAAUUUAAUGAAAUAUCAUUCGAAAGCAGUUAAAAUGUUAAGAAGUUUUGAUGAGGUCGAAUUAUGUCAUAUCCCUAGGAUCGAGAAUGCUGAAGCGAAUGUUUUGGCACAAAUUGCGUCAGGUUACCGGCUACCUCGGAAAAAGUUUAAAGAGCUAGUAAAGGUCAAAAGAAAGUUUAUUCCUAGUUUUAAGGAAAGGAAAGUGGAGUUCGAGCAGGAGGUAUUGGUCAUUAGUAAUUUGGAUGAUAGUGAUUGGAGGAAACCUGUUGUGAAAUACUUGCAAAACCCAAAUGCACCAACAGAUCGAAGAACAAAGUAUCGAGCUCUAAGUUACUUGAUUUUGGAUGACGAAUUGUUUAAAAAAGGGGUGAAUGAAGUUUUACUAAAGUGCCUAAGUGAAGAAGAAGCGUUUCGAGCAGUCAAGGCCGUUCAUGAUGGUAUGUGUGGGGCGCAUCAAGCUGGCCAUAAGAUGAAGUGGACAUUGUUUCGACAAGGAGUAUAUUGGCCAAAUAUGUUAAAAGAUUGCAUUGAAUAUGCCAAAUCUUGCGCCGAAUGUCAGAAGCAUGCUGGCAUCCAACAUGUACCGGCAAGUGAAUUACAUUCGAUCGUGAAACCCUGGCCAUUUAGGGGGUGGGCGUUGGAUUUGAUAGGUCAAAUACAUCCUUCUUCGUCUAAACAACAUGACUAUAUAAUAGUGGCUAUCGAUUAUUUCACUAAAUGGGUCGAGGCCAUUCCGCUGAGAGGUGUCGACCAAGAUACGGUUAUUAGUUUUAUUCAAGAACACAUAGUAUUUAGAUAUGGGAUCCCUGAGACGUUAACUACUGACCAAGGGUCAGUAUUUACUGGAAGGAAAAUGGCUCAGUUUGCUGAGGAUUUUGGAAUAAAACUGUUAACUUCAACGCCAUAUUAUGCUCAGGCGAAUGGACAAGUCGAAGCAGCUAAUAAAGUUUUAAUUAACUUGGUUAAGAAACACAUUAGUCAAAAGCCGAGAAGGCGGCAUGAAACUUUGAGUCAAGUUUUAUGGGCUUAUCGAAAUUCGCCCAAAGAGGCCACUGGAGUAACUCCUUUUCGACUUACGUACGGGCAUGAGUCAGUUUUACCGAUCGAAAUAUGCUUACAGUCCGUUAGAAUUCAAAGGCAAUUCGAGAUUCCGUGUGAUGAUUAUUGGAAUAUGAUGUAUGACGAGUUAAUUGAAUUGGACGAGGAAAGAUUAAAUGCUUUAGAAGUUAUGAUUCGACAAAAAGAACGAAUUACUAAAAGUUAUAAUAAAAAAGUCAAGUCUAAGCAUUUAGCGUUGGAGACUUAG